CAUCAGCUCUUUGAAGUUUUUCAUGGGUCAAGAGGUCAGUGAAGGAAGUGUAGUGGAGGAAAGCAAAAGUUCACACCCAUGAAGUGAUUGAGACCUUCAGUGAAGCUCCUCCUACAACAAUCCACCAAUAAAUGCUGGAGACAAACACACAGAGAAAUCACUCCAUGUGUGACAACUGAAAUCUUCAUGACAUAAUGUUGAUGCUGGUGAAAGAGGAGCUUGAGAAGAUGACAGAUCCACAACCAUGCAGAAUACAGGAUGAAGAUACUGAGGAACAAAUAGAGGCUGAGGCAUAUAAUGACAUGUGAAAGUGAUUGAGACCUUCAGUGAAGCUCCUCCUACAACAAUCCACCAAUAAAUGCUGGAGUCAAACACACAGAGAAAUCACUCCAUGUGUGACAACUGAAAUCUUCAUGACAUAAUAUUGAUGCUGGUGAAAGAGGAGCUUGAGAAGAUGACAGAUCCACAACCAUGCAGAAUAAAGGAUGAAGAUACUGAGGAACAAAUAGAUUUUGUUACCAUACACUUGCAUACUGACAGACUGAAACGGUUGGACUUAAAAAUAUACAUUUGUGCUGUACCGAAGAAACAAAAUCACCUACAUCUUGGAUGGCCUGGGAUAUGAUGGAAGUGAAUAAGGAGAGUCAAGGUGAAGUGAAUGAAGUAGAUGGGAAACGUCAGAAUGUAAAAACAAAUCGUAAUGCUUCACAGAAAGAAACUCUAAGAACAGAAGACAAAAAAUGUGAAAAGAGUUUUAGUAAAGAUGGACGCCCUGUGGAUCACAAGAGGACUCAAAAUGCAAAGAAACCAUUCACAUGUCAACACUGUGGGAAGAGUUUCACUAAAAAAUCUAAGUUUACAAUCCACAUGAGAGUUCACACUGGAGAGAAACCAUUUAUGUGUAAACAGUGUGGAAGGAGUUUUACUCAAAAAUCAGGUGUUGAGAGCCACAUGAGGAUUCACACCGGAGAGAAACCUUACAAAUGCAGUCAGUGUGACAAGAGUUUUACCCAUAAAAACGUCCUUAAAAGACACAUGAGGAUUCACACUGGAGAGAAACCUUACUCGUGUCAACAGUGUGGUAAAAGUUUCACUCAUCAAUCAAGUUUUGAUGGCCACAUGAGAGUUCACACUGGAGAGAAACCUUUUCCAUGCCAGCAUUGUGAAAAGAGUUUUCCAAAUGCAAAACAACUUAACAGACACAUGAGAGUUCACACCGGAGAAAAACCUUUUGAAUGUCAUCAAUGUGGAAAGUUUUUCAGAUGUUAUAGUAACCUUAUUUCACACAUGAGAAUUCACACUGGAGAGAAACCGUUCAUGUGUCAACAGUGUGGAAAGAGUUUUGCCCAACAAUCAGGUUUUGACAGCCACAUGAAAAUUCACACUGGAGAGAGAUCAUUUGCAUGUCAUCAUUGUGAAAAGAGUUUUAAGCUUAAUGAUCAGCUUAAGAGUCACGUGAGAAUUCACACUGGAGAGAAACCAUUCAAGUGCCAUUACUGCGAGAAGAGUUUUACAACCAGUGGUAACCUUAAUGAACACAUAAGAGUUCAUACCGGAGAAAAACCAUUCAUGUGUGAACAGUGUGAAAAGUGUUUUUCAGCAACAAACCAACUUAAAAGACACAUGAGAGUUCACACUGGAGAGAAACGCAUUCCCGUGCAGUCAGUGUGAAAAGAGUUUCAGAGAGGAAAGUACACUUAAGAUAAACACAUGACAAUUUA